AUGUUCCGUCGAGACUUUUGUGGUGUGGUUGCGGGCAGGGGACGUCAUCGAUUGCUUGUGUGGGCAGAGCAUGAUGGGAACACGCUUGAUUGCACCGAAUCAAGCUUCCCGAGACGCUCAGUUCUCAGCAUCAGGCACAUCGGAUCCGGCGUUGAGUUGGGCCAAGAUCGCAUUCGUUCGGUGGGGCAAGCUGCAAGCGCCAAGGCAGCGAGAAGCGCAGGCACCUUGGACAGCUCCAGCGCCCGCGCCCGCGCCCGCGCCCGCGAGCAACAGAAAAGAGGGAAGACGCAGGAUUGCACAGCGAUUGCUCAGGAUUGCAUAAUCGCGCAGGCCCCAGCAGCGUCGAGUGGCGGCCCUUUUUCGUCGGCCAGCAUCCCGAGAGCGCGCGCUCGCCGCCUUUGUAACGGGGCGCACGGUUCGUCCCUCUCGCAAGCACAGCCUCCUCCACCCAAGCCCUCGAUCAUCACGCCCGCCGCAGCAGCCCUGGGGUCUGCCGACGUAACCAGCAACCACGCCCAGAGUGAGACGCCCACAACACCACGGCGAGCUCUGAGAGCCGCACCUCUCCCGCCCUCCCCUCCCCUCCCCACCACAGCGUCUGCCCGCACAUAG